AAGGAGCCGCGCCGGGCUGCAGGCAGGGGUCGCUGCGCGGCCGCUCGGGGACCGGCCCGGCGGGGCUCGGCUCGGGGCUCGUCGCGGGGAGCCGGCAGCAGCAGCAGGAAGCUCCGCUCCGCUCCUUCCAGGCGCGACACGUAGCGGCGGCCGAGGGGCUCCGGGUCCCCCCGUCCCCUGCGGGCGCACCGAGGCUCUGCCCGGGGGUCCCGGGUCCCUCCCCGUCCCCGCGGUGCGCCCAGGGCGCACGGGCUCCCGCCGUGCCAUGAGCCGCUGCGUCCUGCUGGCGCUCUGCCUGCUCGGCUACCUGGGCUACCUGCUGCUCGGCGCGCUGCUCGUCUCCUCCAUCGAGCGCCCCUACGAGAGCCGGCUGCGGGCCGAGCUGCGCGGGCUCAAGGCCGCCUUCCUGGGGGCCAGCCCCUGCCUGAACGAGAGCGCGCUGGAGCGCUUCCUGGAGCGGGUGCUGAGCGCCAACCGCUACGGGGUGUCGGUGCUGCGGAACGGCUCGGCCGGCGCCUCCAACUGGGACUUCGCCUCCGCCUUCUUCUUCUCCAGCACGCUGAUCACCACCGUGGGCUACGGCUACACCACGCCACUCUCGGACUCCGGCAAGGCCUUCUGCAUCUUCUACGCCCUGCUGGGGGUGCCCUUCACCAUGCUGGUGCUGACGGCCACGGUGCAGCGCCUGGCCCGGCUCUUCACCCACCGGCCCCUCGAGUACCUGCAGCUGCGGUCUGGCUACAGCCACCAGGCGCUGGCCCGGGCCCACUUCCUGCUGCUGCUGCUGGCCGUGCUGGUCACCUUCUUUCUGCUGCCAGCCGCCGUCUUCAGCACCCUGGAGGGGACCUGGAGCUACCUGGACGCCUUCUACUUCUGCUUCAUCUCGCUGUGCACCAUCGGGCUGGGCGACUACGUGCCAGGCGAGCAGCCCGGCCAGAAGCUACGUGCGCUCUACAAGGUCUCAGUCACCGUGUACCUGCUGCUGGGGCUGAUGGCCGUGCUGCUGGUCCUACAAACCUUCCACAAGGCGGCCGACCUGCACGGCCUCACCGACCUCAUCCUGCUGCCGGCCGAUCACCACAGCGACCAGGAGCCCAUCCUGGAGUCCGAGGAGACGCCGGAGGAGCCGGCCCCGGGCGCGAAGCCCCCACCUGCCAGUGCCCAGCUCAACACGGGUAGCCGUGCCAACUACGCCUCCAUCAGCAGAUAGCGUCAGCCCUGCCCUGGGCGCGGGCGCGGGCUGGCGCGGGGAGGGGGCUCUGUUUGCAGGGCAGCUCCCUGCAGGGACCGUGCCUGCGUCUGCAGCAGGCUCUGGCUCGGGCCCGGCUCCUGGCUGCAUGUUGUGGGGGAGCUCGCGCAGGGUUUUAUCAACACGUCCCGGUUUUAAGCAGCCGUUCGCCCUGUUUUAUCCCAGGGCAGGUGCCGGGGACCUGCCCUGUUUCCCAGUCCCAGCCCAGGCAGCCCUGCCGAGCUGGGGACCCUUGGAGCCGGCUGCGCGGGACCCAGCCUGGGCCGUCACCCCCGGCCGUGCGGGCUCUGGCUGACGGAGGGAGGGGGAAGGCAACGCGCUGGGGCCAGCAAAUUCUGUACAUGCCCAAGGCUUGGGGUCAACGCCCCGCCUGCCCCCAAAAACAGUACCCUCCCCCCACCCCAGCUCUGAGCCACCCUCCCCUGAGCCCAGGGCAGGGGGCAGCGGGUCACAGGGCACCCGCAAGAGAGUGAAAAGCCCCUUUCCCUGGGGGGCCCAGCCCUGGGAGCGGGGAUCCCCGGCAGGACCAGCAAGGUGCUGCCUUGGGGGUGGGGUGACUUUCUGGUGCUUUGGCAGGAGCCAGAGGGGGUGGGGAGCGGUGCUGGGUGUGGGGCCCGGUGUCCCAGGCCUGGGGGGCCCGACUAUGAUGCGACGGCCGCUGCUCCGUGCCCGUCAUAGCCGGUGGUGCUGCCUGCACCCCCCCCUCCAUGGCUGGCAGCUGGAGUGUGCCAGUCACAGGGGGGGUUGCCUGGCACCGCUCAAGGAGGGUUCUGGGGCCACCACAUGUGCCUGGCCCCCUGUGGGCAUCUGCCAGGGUCUGUGCCCGGCUGCUGCUGCCACUCCAUGGCGCCAGGUGCAGGACAGAGCGUAGCAAGACGGGCAUGGCCCCUCCCGCCCUGCCCUGACAGGGCAU